GUCCGUCAAAUCAGUUGGUAUAAAAGUACUUACAAUGGGGAAUUUCCCGUUCUGCUAGCUCGUACGCACGCAAUCCUCAGCCGUCGGAUGGCUCGAAUCGGUACCCCCACAGCGUUGAUCGAACCGUCCAAUGAUUAGGCCAGCAGCACCCUAAAUUAUUCGCACCCUUCGUCGCCGUUGCUCCCCCCUUAUUAAUACCCCGCCCGCCCGCCUGCCCUCUCAUAUUAUCCUCCGCCCUCGAAAAAGUUCUUCUUGCUCCGCAAACCACAGGAAGAAAAGCGAAAGCAAAGGCGAUGGCGAGCUCAGGUUCCUCUUGGACGCUGCCUGACCACCCCAAGCUCCCAAAGGGAAAGACGGUGGCUGUCAUCGUGCUGGACGGAUGGGGCGAGGCCAGCCCUGACAAGUACAACUGCAUCCAUGUCGCCCAGACGCCCGUCAUGGAUUCGCUCAAGAAUGGUGCUCCAGAGAAGUGGACACUAGUGAAGGCUCAUGGAACAGCUGUUGGUCUACCUAGUGAUGACGACAUGGGUAACAGUGAAGUUGGCCACAAUGCUCUUGGUGCUGGUCGGAUUUUUGCCCAAGGCGCAAAGCUUGUUGAUGCUGCUCUUGCUUCUGGCAAAAUUUAUGAAGGAGCGGGGUUCAAUUACAUAAAAGAAUCUUUUGAUAAAGGUACCCUGCACCUUAUUGGCUUGUUGAGUGAUGGUGGCGUCCACUCCCGGCUAGAUCAAGUGCAGUUACUUCUAAAAGGUGCUAGUGAGAGGGGAGCAAAAAGAAUUCGCCUUCACAUUCUUACUGAUGGGCGUGAUGUUUUGGAUGGCAGUAGUGUUGGUUUUGUAGAGACAAUAGAGAAUGAUCUUUCUCAGCUUCGUGAGAAGGGUGUUGAUGCAAGGAUUGCAUCCGGUGGAGGAAGGAUGAACGUUACCAUGGACCGUUAUGAGAAUGACUGGGGUGUGGUCAAACGUGGGUGGGAUGCCCAGGUGCUUGGAGAAGCGCCAUACAAAUUCCAGAGUGCACUUGAAGCUGUGAAAACACUAAGAGCAGAGCCCAAGGCCAAUGAUCAGUAUUUGCCCCCGUUUGUGAUAGUUGAUGAGAGUGGCAAAUCAGUAGGCCCUAUAGUAGAUGGUGAUGCAGUUGUGACUUUCAAUUUUAGAGCUGAUCGCAUGGUUAUGCUUGCUAAAGCACUGGAGUUUGCUGAUUUUGAUAAAUUUGAUCGUGUUCGUGUACCAAAAAUUAAGUAUGCUGGGAUGCUUCAAUAUGAUGGCGAGUUGAAGCUUCCAAGCAAGUACCUUGUUGACCCUCCUUUGAUAGAGAGGACAUCUGGUGAAUACUUGGUAAAGAAUGGUGUCCGCACCUUUGCUUGCAGUGAGACGGUGAAGUUUGGCCAUGUCACAUUUUUCUGGAAUGGAAACCGUUCAGGAUACUUCGAUGAAACCAAGGAAGAGUAUGUAGAGAUUCCAAGUGAUAGUGGUAUCACAUUCAAUGAGCAACCCAAAAUGAAGGCACUCGAAAUUGCCGAGAAAACCCGGGAUGCUAUCCUCAGUGGAAAGUUUGACCAGGUACGUAUUAACCUACCAAAUGGUGAUAUGGUGGGUCACACUGGUGAUAUUGAGGCCACAGUGGUUGCUUGCAAGGCUGCUGAUGAAGCCGUGAAGAUAGUUUUAGAUGCGGUGGAGCAAGUUGGUGGUAUUUAUCUUGUCACUGCUGAUCAUGGUAACGCUGAGGAUAUGGUGAAAAGAAACAAAGCUGGUCAGCCGAUGCUCGACAAGAGUGGCAGCAUCCAAAUUCUUACCUCACAUACGCUUCAGCCAGUCCCGGUUGCUAUUGGAGGCCCUGGUCUCCACCCAGGAGUGAAGUUCCGGUCCGAUAUCCAGACACCUGGGCUCGCCAAUGUUGCCGCCACGGUAAUGAACCUACAUGGUUUUGAGGCUCCUGCUGAUUUUGAGACGACACUCAUUGAAGUUGUUGACAAGUAAAAUACCAGAGUCUGAACUCAAAAUUGCGGUAGCCAAUUUUGUGUUGUAGUUUUGCGAUGGAUCAUGGGUGAUUGCAUCGUUGAAUAAUUUGAGAUAUGCCCGCACCUUUCUCAAACUCAUGAACAUCAAGAAAAGGGGAUUUUACUUGCAGUUAGCUCUAUUUGUAACUUGGUCUUGCCGCAUGGGCUGCCUUAACAUGACAGAUAGCCAUUUUUGCUCGGCUAUAUGUGAAGGGUCGAACUUUUUUUUA